AUGACGCUCCUAGGAACUGCUUAUACAUCUGACAUUGGCAUGGUCCAUACUAGGAUUGCGGGCACCGGCGCCACGGGCUUUAUCGGCGGCGAUGCAUUAGCCACACUCGUUGCCAGCCACCCCAAGAUUUCUUAUUCCACCCUUAUUCGCAGUACCGACAGAAUCGAACAAGUGAAAGCUCAGUAUCCGUUAAUCUGUGUUGUAAUUGGAAGGUUGGAUGAUUCAAAACUUAUAGAGCAAGAGAGUGCCGCCGCAGAUAUCGUGCGGCACACUACAGAUUUAUCCGAUCAUGUGGGAGCUUCAAAAGCCAUCAUAGCCGGUUUGGUAGCCGGUCAUAGCAAGGAAAACCCAGGCUGGCUCCACACAGGGGGAACAGGCAUCCUGACAUGGGAGGACAGCGACAAGAACGAAUACGGAAAUAGAAGCGAGCAUGUGUACAGUGACUGGGAUGGCGUGGGCGAACUACUCAAUCUACCCGACCGUGCCUUCCAUCGGAAUGUCGACCAGCUCGUCCUCGAAGCUGGGACUAAACACGCCGAUGUGCUCAAGACGGCACUUGUGUGUCCGCCUACAAUCUAUGACAAAGGACGCGGACCAGUUUCCCGGCGCAGACGCCAGGUCUACGAACUGGCGAACGUGACGCUGCGUCCCCAGAAAGCCCCUAUCACCGGCGCUGGUCAAGCAAUUUGGAACCACAUCCACGUUCAUGAUCUAAGCGAUGUCUAUGCUCUACUGGUAGAUGCGGCAAGUGCAGCUCGAACUGAUGACGGGCUUUGGGGUCCCAGGGCCUACUGCCUUACCGAGAAUGGGGAACAUUGCUGGGGGGAGCUAGCUCAGGCCACAGCAGAGGAAGCCGUGAAACCGGGUGCCAAGGCAUAUGCGGGAUUCGAGUCUGUGAGCUGGGGAUUGAACUCUCGUGGUCGCUCGCAGCGUGCACGCAAGAUCUUGGGCUGGGCUCCCUCGCGGCCCAGUCUGGUGAAUGAACUACCUGAAAUUCUUCGUAGCGAGGCGCAGCGCCUGCAAGAUGCUUCAUAA